UCAUCAACAAGUGCGGAAGCAAAUGAUUGGUAGGACUGCUAAGCUCAAUGGCAAAUGCUUCCAAGGCGUUGGCAGUUCCUCACUCUGGAAAGCUCUAAUAUUGCUCUUGUAUGGAUAAGGAGCUUUUGUGGGAGCAUGUUGGCCACACUCGCAACCCCCUCGCCUAUCACAGUCACACUUACCAUUCACUCCCAUUAUACAACAAGAGUCUGCACAGACCUGAAUAAGCACCUGCCUCAGGGAUGGCUUUACAAGGAGCCAUUCUAGCCACGGGCACAAUCACAACCCCUUUGGCGGCCUACAGACCCACAACAAGCACUAACAGUAAGAGUAAGGGCACCAAUGUACUGCAAUCUGCAAAUACAUAUGCCCUCAGCUCUGCAUUUGUCAAUGGCGGUGCUUCUUUUUCAUCUCUCACAGAUGUAAGAGGCCCUCCAAGAUAUACACUGAAAGUCUCUUGCAGUCAAGCUUACAUUUGCAGAGAUUGCGGGUAUAUUUACAAUGAUCGGAAGCCGUUUGAGAAAGUGGCUGAUAAUUAUUUCUGCCCUGUUUGUGGUGCUCCUAAGAGAAGAUUCAGACCCUAUGCACAGCCUGUAGCAAGGAAUGUAAAUGACACAUCCACUCGGAAAGCUCGUAAAGAAGAACUAAAAAGAGAAGGAGAUGCGAAUACUACUUUAGUUCUUGUUUCUGGAUUAGGAGUUGGAGCUUUUGUUGCUACAUACUUGUACUUAAACAGUCAAUUGUUUUGAUAAAUUAGCAUUGAUUUUGUACAUGGUUUUUUGGUCGUAUGGUCAAACUUAUUCAGUGAGUUCAUGUGAUUAGAAGAAAUUUUGGAAACUGUUAUUUUCAUUCAAGGAAAAAAUGUUUUCAAGAAACUGUGCUGGCACAGUGUUCCAAUGCAUACAACUUUAGAUGUGAGUUGCUCAUAAAAUGGGAAUUGUUGGGGACCUAUUUUUCCUUAUACUUAUUGAUUGUAUUACAGAAAUACCAGUUAAAUAAAGGUCUGAAUAAAAAAUAUAUUGUCCAAGGAGACAACUUGGAAACA